UGAAAUCAGGCCAGGAGACGGCAAAACCAGAAAAGAGGGACAGCCCCCGUCAUUUCCACCCUGCACACCACACCCAGCAAACGCAACGAAGCACCACUACCCAUCACGACAUAUUACCGUCCACGAGACAGAAAUCAGUCAAGAUGGCCCGUCGUCCCGCUCGUUGCUACCGUUACUGCAAGAACAAGCCCUACCCCAAGUCCCGGUUCAACCGUGGUGUCCCCGACCCCAAGAUCCGCAUCUACGAUCUUGGCCGCAAGCGCGCUACCGUCGACGACUUCCCUCUCUGCAUCCACCUCGUCUCCAACGAGUAUGAGCAGCUGAGCUCCGAGGCCCUCGAGGCCGCCCGUAUCUGCGCCAACAAGUACCUUGUCAAGGUCGCCGGAAAGGAAGGUUUCCACCUGCGUGUCCGCGCUCACCCUUUCCACGUCGUCCGUAUCAACAAGAUGUUGUCUUGUGCCGGUGCCGAUAGACUGCAGACUGGUAUGCGUGGUGCCUGGGGCAAGCCCAACGGCACUGUCGCCCGUGUCAACAUCGGUCAGAUCAUCAUGUCUGUCCGUACUCGUGACUCCAACCGUGCCACCGCCCUCGAGGCCCUGCGCCGAUCCCAGUACAAGUUCCCCGGUCGCCAAAAGAUCAUCAUCUCCAAGAACUGGGGCUUCACCCCUCUCCGUCGCGAGGAGUACCUGGAGAAGAAGGCUGCUGGCCGCGUCAAGGUGGACGGUGCCUACGUGCAGUUCCUGAGCAACCACGGUCCCCUGAAGGAGAACAUGAAGCGCUUCCCCGAGGCCUUCUCCGAGGCUUAAGCGUCUUCUCUUCUUUUUGCUGCAUGACAAGUCAAAAACCGUACUGCAUUUGGGAUCCGGGCUGGCGUAAAAUAGGGUUUACUACGAAAGGUCGAGGGGCUACGUUGAUUCAGGCUAGAUGUUCUUUCCUAAGGGAAAAAGAAGUAGCUACGACUCAGUCAAAUCGGAUUUCAAUCCAUGGGGUUUACCAC